AUGAACCACAGAGGGGGAUGGCCCAAGGACGUGUCCCUUACAGAGGAUGAUCAGAAGAUUCGCUACAAGAAGAAGAUAGAGAAGGAUGAUGGAUAUAUUCACUCCAUGCUGCAGCUAGGCGCGAGAAUCGAGCACUGCAUCCGCCAGAACAACGCCAUUGACAUUUACGAGAUGUACUUUGAGGAGGAGGAAGAGAGUGCAGUAGUGGAGGACCCGGAGCCCAUCAAGACAGUCAAUGUGAUACGAGAUCCACACGCGGGGCUCAGAAUGCUCACCUCCCUCUCUUUCGCUCCUGAGGGUGGACACAAGAUUGCUGCGGCAUACUCAUCCUCGAAGUUCAUGGGACUGGUGGAGCACACGCCGAAAAAGUCAUACAUUUGGGAUAUUAACACGAGCAGUCACCCUGAGCUGGAAUUACUGGGGCCAGCCUGGAUACAAUGCCUCCAGUACAACACGAAGGACAACAGUGUACUGGCUGCAGGGCUAAGUAACGGACAAAUCUCCUGGUGGGAUUCGAGGCAAGGAUCCAAGGCGGCGGGGGCAACAGGUCUGUCAGUGAGCCACAGACAGAUGGUCACGGCCCUUACCUGGCUGGCCCACAAGACAAGGUGUGAGCUGUUCUCUGUCUCUCUUGAUGGACAGGUACUUUGGUGGGACACACGCAAACUGAGUCAGCCAACAGACAGCCUUGUUCUGGACCCCGCCAAGAGGACCCCCAGUCACGAGCGGGCCCUCAGCGCCACCUGCCUGGAGUACGAGCCUACCAUGCCCACCAAACUGAUGGUCGCCACGGAGCAAGGGCAGGUCGUGGCGUGCAACAGAAGGGCCAGGAGUGCGCCGGAGAGGAUCAGUCUGAUCUACAACGCCCACAUCUCCCCCAUCUACUCCAUCCAACGCAACCCUUUUUUCCUGAAGAACUUCCUGACGGUGGGCGACUGGACCAUCAAGCUGUGGGCAGAGGAUUUCAAGGAGUCGCCCAUUCUGUGGACCAAGCCAGCGCCCGCCCAGCUGCGCGGGGGUUGCUGGAGCGCCUCCCGGUCAUCUGUUCUGUUCACGGGGCGCCUGGACGGGGCUCUGGAUGCCUGGGACCUGCUCACCUCCUGGACGGCCCCCGCUUCCACGUGUCAGGUGGUGGACGAGGGCAUCGAGGUGGUGGUGACGCAUGAAGGGGGAGACUGCUGGGGGUGGGCAGUCAGCUGGGCACUCUCUCUCUCCUCCACGUGCCGCCCAGAUUGGUGCAGCCCUCGGACAAGCAUGAGAAACUCGCCUUUACAGCGGUGUGUGGCGCGGCUCUAUGUGGCAACACUUAUCCUUGAGAGAGAAACGAGGCGGGAGCGAGUGUUGGAGGCGAGACACAAGGAGCAGAGGCUGAGGGAGCGGGUGAAGGGCGGAGGGACUCGGACGGCGACGGUGACGGCGAUGACGGUGGGAGGAGGAGGAGGAGGAGGAGGAGGAGGAGGAGGAGGAGGAGGAGGAGGAGAGAAGGAAAACAUCUCUCUCUCACUUGAUGAUCCAAUUAGCAACGCGGAGAGGGAAUAUUUUCGACAGGUGGAGCAGAUCAAGCAGGAGCUGGAGCAGGAGGAGCGUGAGCGGGAGGAGCGGGAGGAGCAUGUGGGCAGCGGCGUGGCGGUGGAGGUUACCCAGGCGCCUGAUGAAGCCUCGAGCACCGGGAAUGAAGCUCCGAACCGCGCUCAGACACUUGAGUACCUCCAUCAGAUCCCCCCUUGUUGUAUCUCUUAG